UAAUAUUCCUAUUUUAUACAUAUCAUCAAACUAAGGCUACAAUAUCGACAAACUGCAAGUUACAGCAGAGAGCGGUAUCUUGAGCUAUCUCAGCGGUCUGGAUUAAUCUUAAAAAAGCUAGCUAUUAAUUAAUUAACGUGGUAUGCCGAAUAAUCUUUGUAAAUAAUGUUUCGUAAAUAACGUCUGAUUUGAUUAACGAAUGAUUACGAAUGAUAUAUAGUAUACGCGACAUAAUUGACGUUGACAUUCACGCACAUUUUAGCUUUAGUACGCUGCAGCAGAGUUGAGCAGAGAAAGAAGAUCCCGGAUCCGUGCGAUAUGACGAGUCGUUUGUGGAAAGCGUUGUCGCGACGGCGUAUAGAACUGGAGAAUGAAGAUACGAACGGCGAACGAUUGGCACGGGUCCUCGGUUUAUUCGAUCUGACUGCACUCGGCGUGGGUGCGACCCUCGGUUUAGGCGUCUACGUCCUUGCCGGUAGCGUCGCCAAAGAGACGGCUGGACCUGCCGUUUCCGUAUCUUUCCUCAUAGCUGCUAUCGCGUCUGCUUUCGCGGGCUUGUGUUACGCGGAAUUCGCGUCGAGAGUGCCAAAAGCCGGAUCAGCGUACGUUUAUAGUUACGUAACGGUAGGCGAGUUCAUCGCCUUCGUCAUAGGAUGGAACUUAAUUUUGGAAUAUGUAAUUGGUGAGAAAUAUAUGAUUGGCGAAAAAUCGGAAAUCACGCAGAAUGCGCGGCGAGAAAGGCCAGUCGCAGAUAUUAAUGACAGCGUAACGGCGCGGCGCACAGCGAGCGUUGCUCGAGGUCUUAGCAGUUAUAUCGACGCGUUAAUAGGAAAUGUCAUGGGAAAUGCUCUACGCUCUCUUAUGCCUAUCGAUGUUUCUUUCUUAUCAGAGUAUCCUGACUUUUUCGCUUUCGCGAUGGUCAUGUUACUAGUGGUGCUAUUAUGCAUCGGUGUGAAGGAAUCGUCCAUCUUAAACAACAUCUUUACUGUUAUAAACUUGAUAACUAUCACGAUCGUCAUCGUCGCAGGAUCGAUGAAAGCGAACCCAUCAAACUGGUCAAUCGCACCCGAGGAUAUUCCAGAUACUGUGAAGAAUGGAGGAACUGGUGGAUUCAUGCCGUUUGGCAUGAAUGGAGUGAUGGUCGGAGCGGCCAAGUGUUUUUACGGAUUCGUGGGAUUUGAUGCGGUCGCUACUACCGGCGAAGAAGCCAAGAAUCCUCAACGUCAUAUUCCUCUUGCGGUCGUGUUAUCCCUCAUUGUUAUAUUUAUAGCGUACUUUGGUGUCUCCAUAGUCCUAACGAUGAUGCUGCCUUAUUAUGCUCAGAGUGCGGACGCGCCGUUUCCACACGCGUUCGACGAGAUCGGCUGGCCCGUCGUCAAAUGGAUCGUCAACAUAGGCGCGAUAUUCGCGCUCUGCACUAGUCUCUUGGGCGCUAUGUUUCCUUUACCGCGCGUAUUGUACGCCAUGGCUAGCGAUGGUAUAAUAUUCAAGACUCUCUCCACGGUGCAUCCCAAGACAAUGACGCCUAUUUACGGCACAGUGCUCUCUGGUUUACUUAUCGGUCUCAUGACACUCAUCUUCAAUCUGCAACAAUUGAUCGAUAUGAUGUCUAUCGGGACUCUGCUUGCGUAUACGAUAGUAGCGAUAUGCGUUUUGAUAUUGAGAUAUCAAAAAGAAGAAAAUUCUAGCAACGUUUCUGUGAUAUUACCAACGAGCAAUUAUCAACUUACACCUGUAAAUAUAUUUAAGGAAUUAUUCAAUUUGCAAAAUCGGAAAGAACCAACGGAACUUUCUAACAAAAUUGCAAAUGUCGGCAUUGCCUUCCUCUGUAUCAUUAUAUGUAUUAUCACGUUUCUGAUUAGUAACAUGGGCGCGCACUUGCUUGCAGGAAAUAUGGUAAUAUCUGUGACGUUAAGUGCACUCGCGAUUGUUCUUUUCUUGAAUUUAGCAGCGAUUGGUAGACAACCGGUGCAGAAGACUGAAUUGUCUUUUAAGGUACCACUCGUUCCGCUUAUUCCGUGUCUCAGUAUUUUUAUAAACACAUAUUUAAUGUUACAACUAGACGUCUUUACAUGGAUUAGAUUCGCCACUUGGUUGUUGAUUGGAUUCUGCAUUUACGGGUUUUACGGAAUUGUCCAUAGUGAGCAAGGGAAAAGAGAUAAGAUAGAAAACGAAAAGUUACAACAAAAAUAUGUAGAAAAAUUUAGGAUAUUAACAUCAUUUUGAUAAAAUCGUUUUUUUUUUAUAUAAAAAAAAAAGAGAAAUAUCCAUUACAAUGUUUCGUUUUAACAUAUCUUUUAUUCGUAACGUGAGGAAUAGCGAAAAAAAAACCAUUUUGUAGUACGACCGUAGACCGAUGGAAAGUAUCUAAUUCUAAUAUCUAAUUGGGAAAAGUAUUUUUCGAAUUUUAAUAAUUUUAUAGUAAAUUUUAAUUUUAAUAAUACAAUAUACAC